AUGGCAGAUACACUGACGGAAGAUCAAGUUGAAGAGUUUCGGGAAGCCUUCUUUUUGAUUGACAAGGACUCCGAUGGAAUCAUUACAAUGGAAGAGCUAGCAAGAGUGAUCCAAUCGUUUGAUGGAAAUUCUGGAAAAGAAGAAGUUGAAGAGAUGAAUAGCGAGGUUGUUGAUGGUGAUGAAAAUUGCAGCAUAAGUUUUGAAGAGUUCUUGAACAUCAUGGCGAUGAAAAAGAAGGAAAAUGUCGAUGAGGAGCUAAAAGAAGCCUUCAAAGUGUUUGACAGAGAUCAAGAUGGCUUCAUAUCAUCAAAUGAGUUGAGACAAGUAAUGAUGAAUAUGGGAGAGAGACUAACAACUGCAGAGGCUGAGCAGAUGAUCAGAGAAGCAGAUUUAGAUGGUGACGGACUUGUUAGCUAUGACGAGUUUGCAAAGAUGAUGAUGAUGUCUCUUUGA